UCUUUAUUAAGAACUUUUUAUCGGGUCGUCGGUUCAAAGUCCGAGUUGGCAGUAGUCUUUCGAGCAGUUUUACUCAAGAGAACGGAGUUCCCCAGGGCGGGGUGCUUAGUGUGGCUCUCUUUGCAGUGGCGAUUAAUGACAUCGCUGAUGAUCUGCCGGUCUCGAUCGGUAGAUCGCUCUUCGUGGAUGAUUUUGCCAUUUGGUUUGCCGCUUCAAGCGCUCGGCAUAUGGCCAGACAGCUGCAGCUUGCAGUGACGCGGUUGGAGAGAUGGAGUCGUGACAACGGUCUUCGUUUUACAACAACGAAGACCGUCGCUAUGCACUUUUGCCGCCGCCGCUGCGGCGACCUUCCCUUGGGAAUCCAGCUCUAUGGACAGGUGAUUCCUACUCGUCCGGUGGCGAAGUUUCUUGGGAUCUUUUUUGACAGUCGUUUAACGUAUAAAGAACAUUUUAGAACGCUUCGGGAACGAUGUUUUAAAUCCCUGAACGUUUUAAAAUGUGUCGCCCGCACAUCUUAUGGUGCGGACCGCAGGACCCUUCUUCUUCUAUAUCGAUCUAUUGUACGAUCGAAGCUAGAUUACGCUUCUUUUGUCUACGAUUCAGCGAGUGAAUCUAGCAAGAGGGUCCUGGAUACAGUCCAUCAUGCAGCACUCCGAGUAGCCACCGGAGCAUUCCGCACCUCGCCCAGGAGCAGCAUUCUUGCUGAGGCGCAUGAACCGCCACUUUCACUCCGCCGUCAGAUGUUGGGUAUGCGGUACGCGCUGAAACUGCGCCAAUUUCCUAUGCACCCGACGUACCCAUACGUUUUUUCACGGCAUGCCACCCGAUGUAACGGAAGGUUACGACCCUCGUUCGGAGUGCGCAUGAAAGAACUGUUUUCAAUAGUUGACAUAGCAUUGCGUAACGUUCGUCGUACCUGGGCUGCGCCCCCUCCACCGUGGAAAAGUGUCAGUCCACAGGUGGAUCUUUCGCUUUCUGCAGUUCCAAAUGGCAAGUUGCUGCCUGCAGAGGCACGAGUCCGAGCCUUGGAACACCUUGCCUCUUACGAUGGUUUUAUUCCUGUAUUCACAGACGGCUCUAAAACACCUGAGGGAGCGGGCUGUUCUUUCGUCGCUGGCGACGAUACCCGUUCAUUUUCGUUGCCAUCUUUCGCCUCGGUGUUUUCAUCGGAACUUGUUGCCAUCGAGAAGGCUUUGUGUUUUAUUGAGGUAUCGGACGGACCUUUUUACUUGAUUUUAUCGGACUCCCUAAGCAGCCUGUUGGCCCUACGGAGUUUUAAUCCAGCCGACCCGAUCGUUCAAGACAUUUUAGCUCGGCUUCAGUCAGUAGAACAAUCGGGUAAAUCUGUUCAGUUCUGCUGGAUUCCCAGUCACGUUGGCGUUCAUGGCAAUGAGCUGGCAGACGCGGCUGCAAGGCGUGCUGCUGCAGCACCCUGCACUCGUCGGUUGCCAUUGCCGGCGCGUGAUUUUUACCCUGCUGUACGAUCUUUUAUUCUAACGGAGUGGCAGGCAGAGUGGCGCCUGCGUGGAGGCAGGAAGCUCCGAGAGGUGAAGCCGACUCUGGAGCAUUGGAGGUCUUGCUCGCAAGACAACAGGUCAAACGAAGUGAUUUUAUGCAGGCUCCGCAUCGGUCAUACGUAUGCGACGCAUGGCCACCUUCUCCGCGGAGAUGAGCAGCCCGUUUGCGGCGGGUGCGCCGUGCCUCUCACCGUCGCCCACGUGCUUUUAUCUUGUCCACUUUUAGAACCAGACCGGACGCGCUACCUCGGCCGCAUCGUUCCGGGUACCACUGUCCGCCGCCUGCUGGGUGACGAGUCACCCUGGGUUUUAUCUGGCAACAUCUUUUCCUUUAUCCGUGCAGUCAAAUUCCAAGCGAUUUACUCGACCUGACCCAAAUCCUCUCUAGUCUCCUUGUCUAGUCAGUUGUCUGUUACGACGCUUUUGCGUUGUUUUAUUUUACCCUGUCUUUUUUUUAUAAAGUCUUUUACUUUCUAGUCUUGAUAUCUAGAAAGUUUCUUCUUUUGAAACACUUGUUUUACUAGC